AACAAUACUGCUGACCAAUGGGAAAUGUGCCUUCCCUCUAGAGGACUGCAGCACACAGUUGGUGGUUGAAGUGUUGCUGAACAGGAAGUUGCUGAGUAGAAUUGAGAGAACUUCAACAGACAUGAGGGUCUCUUAUCAGGCUCUAGUCUUGCUUUUCUUAGCAGGCUUAUGCUCACUCGAGAAAGUUCCAGUCCAUGCAUUUGUCAGCAAACCAAUCCCAGGAACUCUACAGAACGUCAGCAAGAAUGACACUGGGGUGAAGGAGGCCGUCCUGACUGGAACCUACUCAUUUAAUAAUAAAUCCAACGAUGCCUUCCUCUUCAAAGCAUCAGCUGUUGAUGAUGCGAAGAGACAGAUAGUCAAAGGCAUCCGCUACAUUCUGGAAGUGGAGAUCUCACGGACCAUGUGCAGGAAGAGGGGCAACACUGAUGACCUCAACAACUGUCCCUUCCAGACAGACAGUCGGUUACGGCAGACCUUCUUCUGUCACUUUGACGUGUGGUCCGUUCCAUGGAUGAACAUGAUGUCAACUACAUAUUUUAAAUGUCAUUCUGAUUAUACAUUCUGAAAUCCUUUUCACCAAAUUGUUUUUCAAUGGCUCCACCUGGCAUGUCAUGCUAAUUUAAUACCGAACUGAAAUAAGCCACAGUGCUGGUUAUGAAGUCCAGAGAGCUUCAGUUCAUCAGAUGCUGAGCUUGUGUCGACUGACUCUGAGUGUAAAUUAUUCAGUGAUGUAUCAGGGGCCAUCGCUUCGAUCUCUGAGCUCUUUUCCUUUGAGCCGCAGAUCUUUUGAGUAAACUGACCCUCGAAAGACACCAGCACUGAUCAAACACACAUCCAACGGGUUUGUAUGAACUGAUUUAUUGAUUUUUUUUUUUUUUUGUGACUACCCUUUUACUAUAUGUUAUUGGGAAUGUGGAUGCCAUAUUUGUCCUAGAUUCAUAACUCCAUAUGGCCAUUAGGUGGGUACAUGCAUCUGAUGGGACAGUGGGUCUCAGCUGGAUUUGUUUCAGAAGCAGCAACCAAAGCAUUAUCACAAAAAAGUGACAAAUUGCUCUUAAAACUAAAAUGAAAUGCAUUGAUAGUAAACCAUUCAUUGAUGUACAUUUGAAAAUGUAAUUGUUAGAAUAUAUAUUUUGAUGUCUAAUAAAACAACGCAACAUUAAGCAUUA